AUGAUCUUGACCAAGCGACCGGGAGCGGACGAUGACGUCAGCGAUGCCGACGCCGAGGAUAUCACUAGUCUUUACAAGAACCCCGAUGGCAUGUCCCGCUACCAGAAGCAAGGCGACUUCAACUACCACUUCAACCAGGGAAUGUCGUCACCCUAUCUGGAAAGGAGAGACAUGAGAGGAGGAGAUUUGAGAGAAAACAGGGACAUGAUGCAUUACCCAGGAGCAUCAGUGCGCCGUUUGAGCAUCAACGACGUCAACCGCAAACCCUGGUACGAUGAGUCGCGUCACCCCAACGACUCGGGCAGUUCGGCGGCGGAACGCGUUUCGGCCAUGAACGCGGCUCGCAGCGUCGAACGAACUCAGCCAAUGUUCGACAACCGUCCCGUCAACGAAGAUGUUUACUUCGACUUGAUUGAGCAAGAGAAAGUUGCCUGGGGACAGCCCUUCAAUCUCCAAUUUCUCAUUCAGAACCGUUCCCAAGAAAUGAGGACCAUCACGACUAUCCUGUCGGCCAACUCUGUUUACUACACCGGAGUCACCGCUCGUCGUCUUGGUCGCAGCGAUCGUCAAUUUGUUCUUCAACCCGGAGGCCGCGAAACUCUGCAAGUGCGCAUCAGCUGGGACGAAUACCGCGACAAAAUCGUCGACUACGGCCACAUCAAGAUCUUUGCCAUGGCGUCCGUGCAAGAGACUAAGCAGUCGUGGAGCGAAGAGGACGACUUCCAGCUCGAGAAACCCAAAUUGGACGUUCAGAUCCGAGGAAACCCGCAGGUGGGCCAGGAUUGCUUUGCCACGUUCAGUUUCAUGAACCCCAUUUCCGUCACUCUAACCGAGUGCGAGUUCACAUUCGAAGGACCCGGUCUGGUUCGCGCUCAGACUGUCAAAUACCGUGACGUGAAACCGGGAGAGAUGAUCAGCUUCGCCCACAAGUUCCUUCCGCGAUUCAGCGGCGAGCGAAAACUGGUCGCCUCUUUCAAUUCUCGCGAAUUGGGCGACAUUAUCGGCUCUCGUCCCAUUCAUGUCCGUGAUUAA